GUUAGUUACUACUAGUAGUAGAGUUUACCUAAGCAGCUGCUAAGCUAAUAACUAGAUCUUUUAUUUUUAUUUUUAUGCUCUCAUCGUAUUUUUGCGACGUAAUGCGCGACCCAAUCGAUUAAACGGCAACACCCGCACAACGUCACUCUAACAUCUUGAACAUGUCUCUUGCUCGUAGACCUAGGCUUUUAUGUCUGCUCUGCCAGACAAGGGCAUUUCACCCCUCUUAUCGAAUUCUAGCUGAACAGCGUAGUUCGGCAACACCGUCACCAUCAGCAGCAACAGAAAAAGCAGCCACAGCAAUAACAACCGCAAACCCCACACCCAACAUACAGUCAGCCAAGCCGACAGACCCCAAAGCACCACAAUCGCCGACAGUCGCCCCGACCCUCUCCCCCCUCGAAGAUGCGCCGAGAUCCUAUGGAAAGCGAGUCGAAAAAUUCACACCCAAGCCGCUGACCCGGCCGAUAGGCAUGCGGAAUCCACCACAACCGGGCGAAAACACGGGCAUAGACCUCCGGACGCUGAAGGAGCGCCGGGACGACUUUGCCAACUACGAGAAGCACCUGAAGAGGCGGCAAGAACUAACAAGCAAAUUCUCGCGCCCCUACUUCCGCGACUGGGGCAACCUCAAGUUCCACAAGGGCAAGACCUUCUACCCGCCCCCCCGCCCCUUCAAAAAGGACCUCUCCCUCUUCUUCCCCAACCUCUACGGCCGCACCCUCCUCAAAAGCCACGUCGCCCCGCGCGACACCACCCCGACCCUCCUCAACAAGGUCUCCCUCGUCAGCGUCUUCAGCAGCGUCUGGGCCGAGAACCAGACCCGCACCUUCACCUCCGCCGAAAGCAGCCCCGACCUCGACGCCCUGCUGCGGCAGCACCCGGACGUCCUGCAGCGCGUGUGGAUCAACGUCGAGGAGAACACGCUCAAGGCGUGGCUGAUCCGCCUGUUCGUCGGCGGCAUCCGCCGGCGCAUAGGCGAGCCGAACUGGGGGCGGUACUUCGUCGUGCGGAAGGGGAUCUCCGACGACAUCCGCGAGAGCAUCGGCCUCUUGAAUAGCAGUGUCGGCUACACGUACCUGCUUGACGGCGAGUGCCGGAUCCGCUGGGCCGGCAGCGGGCUGUGCGAGGAGCACGAGAGAGAGGGGCUGGUGAAGGCUGCGCAGAGGCUGGUGGAGGAGCAGCGGAAUAUUGUUAAGAGAGAGGUUAGUUAAAAGAAGAAGAAGAAGAAGAAGAAGAAGAAGAAGAAGAAAGAAA